UAUACUAUAAAUAAAAAUGGUAGUUCGACAAUAUCAAGAAGAGUUAAAAUAUUUAGAAAAAAUAAAUGAUACAUGCUGGAGGAUAAAAAAAGGUUUUCAACCUAAUAUGAAGGUUGAGGGUGUUUUUUAUGUAAAUAAUACAUUAGAACGUUUAAUGUUUGAUGAGUUAAGAAAUGCAUGUAGACCUGGAGCAGUAGGUGGGUUUCUCCCAGGUAUGAAACAAAUUGCUAAUGUCGCUGCUCUUCCUGGAAUUGUUUGGAGAUCUGUUGGAUUACCUGAUGUACAUUCUGGAUAUGGUUUUGCUAUUGGUAACAUGGCAGCAUUUGAUGUAAAUGAUCCAAAAUCUAUAGUAUCACCCGGUGGUGUAGGAUUUGAUAUAAAUUGUGGAGUACGAUUAUUAAGAACUAAUCUUUUCGAAAAAGAUGUUGUACCUGUAAAGGAACAACUUGCACAGAGUAUGUUUGAUCAUAUUCCUGUUGGUGUUGGUUCAAAAGGAAUUAUACCUAUGAAUGCACAUGAUUUAGAAGAAGCCCUAGAAAUGGGAAUGGAUUGGUCUCUUAGAGAAGGUUAUAUUUGGGCAGAAGACAAAGAACAUUGUGAGGAAUAUGGUAGAAUGCUUAAUGCAGAUUCAUCAAAAGUAUCAAUGAGGGCUAAGAAACGUGGACUUCCACAGCUAGGAACAUUGGGUGCUGGAAAUCAUUAUGCUGAGAUUCAAGUAGUAGAUGAAAUUUAUGAUAAAUGGGCUGCAUGUAAAAUGGGUAUUGAAGAGAAAAAUCAAAUUUGUGUGAUGAUUCAUUCUGGUAGUAGAGGAUUUGGACAUCAAGUUGCAACUGAUGCACUUGUACAAAUGGAAAAAGCUAUGAAACGGGACAAUAUUGAAACUAAUGAUAGGCAGUUAGCUUGUGCUCAUAUCAAAUCUCAAGAAGGACAAGAUUACUUAAAGGCAAUGGCUGCAGCCGCAAAUUUUGCAUGGGUCAAUAGAAGUUCUAUGACAUUUCUUAGCCGACAGGCAUUCGCCAAGCAGUUCCGGCUGUCUCCCGAUGAGUUAGAUAUGCACGUUAUAUAUGAUGUAUCUCAUAAUAUUGCAAAGAUAGAAGAGCAUAUAGUGGAUGGAAAACAGAAAACACUUUUAGUACAUAGAAAGGGUUCUACAAGAGCAUUUCCACCUCACCAUCCUCUGAUUCCUGUCGAUUAUCAGCUAACAGGUCAACCAGUUUUAAUUGGAGGCACUAUGGGAACUUGUAGUUAUGUUCUUACUGGAACUAAACAAGCUAUGGACGAAACAUUUGGAUCUACUUGCCAUGGAGCAGGUCGAGCUUUGUCUAGAGCCAAGUCGCGUAGAAACUUGAAUUACAUGGAUGUACUAGAAAAACUAGAACAGCAAGGGAUAUCUAUCAGAGUUGCUUCGCCUAAGUUAGUGAUGGAAGAAGCACCAGAGUCUUACAAAAAUGUAACGGAUGUCGUAAAUACAUGCCAUGCUGCAGGCAUUUCCCGGAAAUGUAUAAAAUUAAGGCCGAUCGCAGUUAUCAAAGGAUAAUUGUUCGUAAUAUAUGUACAGAAUUUAUUUAUAAAUGUUAAUCAUGAUUAAAGCCUACAUGGUAAAGCAAAUUAACUUAUAUAUAUCUUAGGUAUCAUUCAUCUUUUGUAAAGUAUGUAA